AUGCAAGACGGAACUGCUGCGCGCAAUGAGGGUCGUGCUGAAGGCGAAAGAGCUCGUGCUGACGGCGAAAGAGAGCAUGCUUCGACGCGGCAUGGGAAACAUGAAGAACACGGCCAAGGGCAUCAACGAAGCAAAUCCGGAGGCAUACUAGGCGCUUUCCGAGAUGCCAUUGGCAAGUCACAGUCACUAUCUACUCAGAUAGGCAACGACGAGGGGCACGACCAAGAUGUGGAAGUCGCGAAGAGGGCAUCUUCCAUCGCGACUGCCCUGCGCCAAAGCCAGGGCAGGCAGAGGAAGGGAUCUUUAAGGAAGGCGGCUAUGGCGAAGAUGCGUGAGCGGAGCAGCUCUUUGCGCAAAGCCAAACCACCCACAAUCACCACUACAACGAGCGUGGACCCCUCGGACGAAGCAACGGCCCCGGGUCGCUUCAGCUACGAGAACGCUCCUCUCAAUUCUUCGUCCGACAGCGGAUGGCUCCCCGCUGUCCACCUGUCUCCAUCGUCACCCGCCGUCAUUUACACUCCACCCGACGACCCUGAACGUACCCUCCCGUCACUGCUUGCAUCACCUAUGAGCCCGGUGGCACCUUACGCUUCAACUACGGAUGAAGACGACAUCAUGUCCUUCUACCGCCCCUCUACCUCGGGCAAUGACUACUCCUUCAGUGGCCCGAACCAGGGCUCUGUUACAUCUCUCUCACACCGCCGUUCAACUCGGAGUAACCGACGCACUUCCAUUUCGGCAGUCCUGACACCUGCCGAGGCUGACCCCGAUGACGAGUGGGAUUACAGCGAGACGGAGUGGUGGGGCUGGGUCGUGCUCAUAGCAACUUGGAUCGUCUUUGUCGUCGGUAUGGGCUCUUGCCUCGGAGUUUGGAGUUGGGCGUGGGACGUCGGCGAGACACCGUACGCUCCACCUGACCUCGAAGACGACGCGACCCUGCCCAUUACUGGUUACUAUCCCGCAUUGAUUGUUUGCACGGCAGUCACGAGCUGGGUGUGGGUUGUUGUUGCCUGGGUUGGCAUGAAGUACUUCCGUCACGCCAAAGUGGGCGUAGACGGAUAA